AUGGCCUCCUAUCUUAUUACCGGUACCUCGAGAGGUAUUGGCCUGAAGCUUACUGAGCUUCUUAUAGCCAAGCCUGCCUCAGAGGUGUCGGUUGUCUUCGCUGCUACCCGCACAGAAAGUGAUGCCCUGAAACAAGUAGCGGCUAAGUCUGCUGGCCGCGUCCAGAUUGUAUCAAUCGACGUCACGUCGGAGGAGAGCGUCAAGCAGGCUGCCAGUAAGGUUGAGCAGUCGCUAGAAGGAAAGGGCCUCGAUGUUCUAAUAAACAAUGCUGGCAUCAUGAACUUCACCCCUACCGGCAUUGAGACCAUGACCGACCUUGAAUCGACCUUCACCACUAACGUCACCAGCGCUCAUCUAGUCACCAGCGCCUUUCUUCCGUUAUUGAAAAAGGGCAACCUCAAGAAGGUGGCCAACAUCUCCACCACUCUCGGCUCUCUUGGGAUGGCAUCCACUUACUCUCUCACUCCCGUCCCCGCAUACAAGAUCUCCAAGGCCGCUCUCAAUAUGCUCACGGUGCAAUAUGCUCAGUCUUUCGCGGACCAGGGAUUUUCCAUCUUUACCCUGUCCCCUGGGUGGGUGAAGACUGAUAUGGGCAGUGCCUAUGCCGACUUGACUGUCGAUCAAAGUGCCAACGCGACUCUGGAUAUUGUGCUCCGCGCUGGAAAAGCGGAGAACGGUAAGUUCUUCAAUGUUCUCGUGCCCGGAUGGGAGAAUGCCGAGGGGAUCAAUCAGUACGAUGGUGCUCAGCCUCCAUGGUAA